AUGCAUGCAUAUGUCGACUUCUUCCAUUGCACUCACGUCUACUUUUUCUUUUUAAUAGACCUGCUGGAGAAGUCACGUGUCAACUCGCAAAUGAAGGGUGAACGCAACUACCAUAUAUUCUAUCAGCUGUUAUCCGACUAUGGAAAACGCUAUCACGACAAAUUGCUCGUUUCUGCCGACCCUGCGAUGUACUCUUUCAUCAAUCAGGGCGAAUUGACCAUCGACGGCGUCGACGAUGCUGAGGAGAUGAAGAUGACAGAUGAAGCCUUCGAAAUCCUGGGUUUCAGUGAUGAAGAGAAAAUCUCCCUCUUCAAGUGCACAGCCUCGAUCCUCAACAUGGGCGAGAUGAAGUUCAAGCAGCGCCCUCGAGAGGAGCAAGCCGAAGCCGACGGAACGGCCGAGGCAGAGAAAGUCGCCUUCCUGCUCGGCGUGAACGCCAAAGACAUGAUGAACGCCUUCCUGAAGCCCAGGGUCAAGGUCGGCAAUGACUACGUCACGAAGGGUCAGAAUCAGGCUCAAGUCAUCUACGCGGUUAGUGCCCUGGCAAAGUCAAUCUACAACCGAAUGUUCGGCUGGUUGGUUGCUCGAGUAAACAAGACGUUGGAUACGAAAGUGAAGCGUCAAUUCUUCAUCGGUGUCUUGGAUAUCGCCGGUUUCGAAAUCUUUGAUGAAAACGGCUUCGAGCAGAUCUGCAUCAAUUACACAAAUGAAAGGCUGCAACAGUUCUUCAACCACCACAUGUUUGUGCUGGAACAGGAGGAGUACAAGAAAGAGAACAUUCAAUGGACCUUCAUCGACUUUGGCAUGGAUCUUCAGGCUUGCAUUGAACUUAUUGAAAAGCCCAUGGGUAUCCUCUCCAUCCUCGAGGAGGAGUGCAUGUUCCCCAAAGCCACAGACCAGACUUUCAAGGCCAAGCUGUACGACAAUCAUCUCGGCAAGAGUCCCAACUUCACGAAGCCGAAACCACCCAAACCGGGCCACUCCGAGGCCCACUUCGAGCUGCACCACUAUGCCGGAAGCGUGCCUUAUUGCAUAACCGGAUGGCUGGAAAAGAACAAGGAUCCCCUCAAUGAAACUGUCGUUGCUGUGUUGGAGGCCUCUAAGGAAGCCCUGGUUGCCACACUGUUCGCUCGUGCUGAUGUCGAGGGCAAGGGGGGAAAGAAGAGGGCCGGCUCUUUCAUGACGGUUUCCUAUGUACACAGGGUAAUUUUCCCACCCUUCAACCGUACACUUAUUGCACGCUCCACUAGCAUCUGCCAUCUCUACAUGCACCCUUUACAGGCAAAAAUGAAACCGGAUGAUGUCUUGAUUUGCCCCAUUCACGCCAGCAGCCAGACUGUUAUUGGCGGCGUUAUUAGUAGCUUGUGA